UGUGUGUUUUUCCUUCACACUCACACAGUCAAAGAAACGCCCACUCUGAUGACCGGGAAAGUCGCUUCAAACUGAAGAGAACACGCUGCCUGCGCACAGACUCAUCAGGACGCGCUCAUGUCUGGAGACGGAUCAUCCAACCUACCUCUGUUGUUGUUGUUUUUAUGUACGAAGACAGUCUGUGUCAGGUGUUACCUCGCCAUGAUUGGAGGUGUCAUUUGUGUGCGUGUCAUUUCAAUCUAAGCUGAUUCACUCCACAAGACUUCCCUGGAAACUGCUGAGUGCGCGCACCAGAUUCUUUUGGAUGAACAGGUGGCGCAAGCUCCGCUUCCCUUAAUUUGUCAUUAGGGACGAGACGCAGGUUAACGCACUUGACGUUAAGCGUUUAAUACCUGCCUUGAAAGGUGGGAGAGAACAGAGCAGCCUGCCUCUUUUUUUUUAUCCUUUGUUAAAAGGAGUCACCGGGCAGAGGAGCUGCGAUGCCAGUUGCGGACAGCGACAUGGUCGUGGACAGCAGCCACGAGCAGGGCAAAACCCCGAGCUGUGGCGGGGACGAGAGCAUCCUCCCGGCCUCACUGUGCAGUCCUGCGGCGGACAUCCUCAAGAGCUUUUACCACACCAAGCGGGUCGGGAACUAUCUGAUCGGCAGGAAACUGGGAGAGGGAUCGUUCGCCAAAGUUCGAGAAGGUCUCCAUGCGAUGACCGGGGAGAAGGUGGCAGUGAAGGUGAUUGACAAGCGGAAGGCCAAGAAGGACUCGUACGUGACCAAGAACCUGCGCAGGGAGGGCCACAUCCAGCAGAUGAUCCGCCACCCCAACAUCACGCAGCUCCUCGACAUCCUGGAGACGGAGAACAGCUACUACCUGGUGAUGGAGCUGUGUCCCGGCGGCAACCUCAUGAACCGCAUCUACGACAAGAAGCGCCUGGACGAGAGGGAGACGCAGAAGUACAUCCGGCAGCUGGUGCUGGCCGUUGAGCAUCUGCACAGGGCGGGCGUGGUGCACAGAGACCUGAAGAUCGAAAACCUCCUGCUGGACGAGCAGGACAACAUAAAGCUCAUAGACUUUGGCCUCAGCAACUGCGCCGGCAUCUUGGGCUACUCCGACCCGUUCAGCACCCAGUGUGGAAGUCCGGCGUACGCCGCCCCCGAGCUGCUCUCCAGGAAGAAGUACGGGCCGAAGGUGGACGUCUGGUCCAUGUGACGCGCGAACAUGUACGCCAUGUUGACGGGGACUCUGCCGUUCACCGUGGAACCCUUCAGCCUCCGAGCCCUGCACCAGAAAAUGGUAGACAAGGAGAUGAACCCGCUGCCUCCCUCGCUCUGCACAGCCGCCAUCUGUCUUCUGAAGAAGCUACUUGAGCCAGAUCCAAACAAGCGUCCCAAUAUCCAUCAAGUAAUGGCCGACUCCUGGCUGCAGCUCGCCAACAAGAACACGGGGGCGCCGUACCUCAACAGGAUCCACAUUGAGGAAAUAAACCACACAGUGUUGCUGCACAUGACGGAGAAAAUGGGCUACAAGCACAGCGAGGUUCUGAGCGCCGUCCUCACCAACCGCGCGUGUCACACACUGGCCGUGUACUUCCUCCUCAACAAGAAGAUGAAGAGGCUCUCUAAAGAGUACAGGGAGAUGCAGUUCCAGGAGAAGAAGAAAGGCGAGAAGAAGAAAAACGAAUACUACCAGACCCAGUGGAGGAAGCACGUCGACAAGCUCACCAUACCCCCAAAACAGACGCCCGUCUACCUGGCUGUGAGCAAGCCCAGCGAGAAGAAGAAACACAGGACAGGUCUACUGCGUGGCAUUAUUGGUGGCCAUCGUAACUCCCCUCUGGCACCGCCUGGCACCGUCGCUUCCUCGUCCAUGGAAUAUCUCGAGAUCCAACCUCCCUUGCCCAACACCCCUCAGCAACGGAGGCGACUGGCCACCCUCCCGCCCGCCAACACCAGUCCAGAACACAACAUUCCAGCCCCACCGGCUCCAUCACCUAUCGGUAUGCAUUCCUUCGGCUCCCUCUCCAAAGCCGAGCAAAUCGAAGACACCCCGGCUUCCCCCUGGUACAAGCUCACCAACGGCACUUUGUCCCCACCCCGCCACGUAUCUGCCUUCCAACCGGACUCCUCUUACUUGAAAAAAGCCACGAUCCCCAGCCCCCCAGUCCUCAUCGUCAACCCACAGCCCAAGAAGAGCAUCUCCACAGACUGGUGUGGUUCUUCCGACACCAGUGGCAGUCCCCCCAGCAUCGUAGGAAGCCCCCCCGGAAGCUCAGCAUUCAGUCCUCCAAAAUCCGCCUUCAGUCCCCUAAACCCCACGUCGGCUUUCAGUCCGCCUAGCAACAACAGCAGCAGCGAUCCCGAAAGUCCGACGCACCGCAGCAAGUUCCCUUCGAUGGGAAUCGGUCAGAUCCUCAAGAAGAAGGUCCAGCUGCAGCCCUUCUCCUUCCGGCCGGAACAGGUCGUCGAGGAAGUGGUGUCACCACCUCCUUACCCCAUGCAGACUCUUCUCUGUGCCUCAGGUGCACUCAAGACCCUCUGCUGAGGGGUCAAAGACGAGAAGGAAAGGAAAUGACAAGACAAGGCCCCUCUCAACACUUUUGUUUCUGUUGGGGAGGUCUUCCAGAGUGGCCUUCUGAACUGUGAACUGUCCCUUUAUUACUACUACGCCACUUUUUUUUUUAAGGGAACGAAUCCUUCAAAUGAGGGGAAAAAAAAGGGGUUUAAGUGAGAGUGUUUCCUCUCUUAUUACUGCUCUCACUAUGUAACAUAAAAGGUGGUGACACUGAGGAGAUGAGAUUUGAAACGGAUCCCAGAGCGAUGACUCAACCUGGCGCCGUCCCAGAUUACGGCGAUGGACAGCGGACGUCCAGUGAUGUACAGUACGCACUUGAAUACACGCCAAAACCCCUGUAUUAUAGACUGAGUCCAGAGAUACUCGCUCAUGUAACAUUGCUCUCACUGAUUCGCACCAGCUACUGGAUCCCAACGCUAACCCUGACCCCUGAAGACGUGUGUAAAUGUUUCGUCUCUGUGAAAAAUCCGCAAAGAAAACCCCACAGACUUCCACUGCUGGACUGGACGACAAA